ACUUCAGUUUCGCACUUUCGCUCGUAUAGUCGUAGACGGAAGAGUAGAAACAGAAACCUCCUCUUUCUUCUUCUUCUUCCUCUCCUCCUUCUCGUCGGCGUCGUUCACGGACCGCCAUUAUCCUAUCACAAAAGACACCUCUCACCAACGGAAUCCACAAGGUUUCUUCUCCUAUUUUCGGUUAUUUCUCACCGUUUUCUGGGACUUUACUUACUGUCCAUCAUCCACACCAGUUUCGUUAGCAUUUCGGCCCCCUAAAACCAGUCACAGGAGCUCUGUCUUGUUCGCCGGAUGAGCAGAACCAUCGACGGUAGCUAUUGCCCGAACUGCUCUAUCCUUAUCUCGUCUUAGAGCAAGAUCCAUACCCGGAAGAUCUCCCUCCCCAGUUCUUCUGUUGCAAGUCGACAUCAUCACUGUCGUUUGAGAAGAUACUCCGAAACCAAGAAGCUCGUGUCCCCUGUUACAGCGGUGGUUUCCGGCCAAAACCCAACCAGAAGACUUCAGUUUUUGCUCGUAUAUAGUCGUAGACGAGAGCAACAGAAACAAAAGAGGAGGAUUUGGUCUCCUGCGAGGCUGCGAUUUGUAAAACAGGCAUCGUCACAUUUAAGGAGGUGGGUUUCUACUAAUUUGUUUUAUUAGUCAGUAUUAAAAAUGGAGGUGGUGAUAGCGUCGUCUCCCGUUGAUGCUGGGAUUGGUUGCUGGGACUUGCAUUCGGGCGCAGAACAACUGCGUUACCGAUCAUGCACUUCUACUCCUCACGGCUUAGCUUGCGUUGGCCAACGCUUUCUUGUCUCUUCCCAGCUUCGAGACUCCUCUUCGUCAUCGGGCACCAUUCUUUACUGGUCCUGGAACAAGCCUCAAGUUGAAGUUAAAAGUUUUCCUGCUGAGCCAAUCCACCCACUUAUUUCCAAUAGUGAUGGGACAUAUAUCAUUGGAGGAGGUUCAUCCGGGGCCAUUUACUUUUGGGAGGUUGCAAGUGGCAGACUACUUAAGAGGUGGCAUGCUCAUUACAGGGCUGCUACUUGCUUAUUUUUGUCCGAUGAUGAAUCCCUUUUGGUUUCUGGGGCAGAGGAUGGGUGUAUUAGAGUGUGGUCCCUUUUCAUGGUUUUUGAUGAUAUCGGAAUGGAAAUGGCAAAACAUCCAUAUGAAUAUAGUUUCUCUGAGCACACUCUGCGUGUGACUGAUGUGGUUUCUGGUUAUGGAGGAUGCAAUGCAAUUAUUGUAUCUGCUUCUGAGGAUCGAACGUGUAAGGUUUGGAGCCUAUCUAGGGGGAAAUUAUUGAGAUCGAUUGAUUUCCCUUCUAUAAUUGAUGCAGUUGCACUAGACCCUGGUGAACAUGUAUUCUACGCUGGUGCUAGGGAUGGGAAGAUAUAUAUUGCUGCUCUUAAUGCUGAAAGCACUCCCAGCAACAUUUAUGGAAAACAUAUCAUUGGCUCAUUAUCUGAUAACAGUAAGGGUGUUACUUGCUUAGCGUUCAGCAUGGAUGGAAUCCUAUUAGUUUCUGGAUCAGAGGAUGGCACAAUUCGAGUUUGGGAUGCUAAAACCCGUAACAUUGUUCGAAUUUUUAGACUUGCCAAAGGUCCCAUCAACAAUGUUCUUGUUGUUAGACGACCCCUCUACUCUAAUUUUCAGACAUCAGCAAAUUCACAUGCUUCCUUAUCUAGAAGGCAUGUUCCACUGUUGCCACCACCACUGAGUAAAUAUGUAAACUCGACAGAUGAAAUUGUUGAUUCAGGGGCUAUUACUGUACCUCAGACACCCAGCAGUGACAUAAUGGAUGCUCCAUAUCUCAGUUCUCAUGUGCUGACGAAGCAAAUCAGUGAACUUCAGCAACAGAGUUCUGCUGCCACUGGAAUGGAGGUGGAUAGAUUGAAGCUUGACUGCAAAAGAUCAUUGGAAAUGGUACAAAAAUGGAAGGAAAUGUUUGCAGACCUUCAUAAAUUUUGUGUAGAUGAGCUUUUGGGCAAUGAUCAAACACAAACACAAUGAAAAUCUCCCUUGUACAACUGGCCACUAGAAGUUGAGGUUUCAACUAAGUUUUAUAGGUUCGAUAAAUGAAUGCUUUUUCUUACUUGAGAAUUGCUUAUUUAAGGCGUUAUGAAAAUCAUUUAUAACUUUUAUGGUU